AUGCAAGAUAUCACUUUUAAAGGCUGGGUUAGCACUUCAGCAACCUCUCCUUUGAUAUACACUACAUACGAACCCAAAGAUUUUGCCAGCACUGACGUUGAUAUUGCUAUAUCUCACUGUGGAAUCUGCGGCUCGGAUAUUCAUACCCUACGGUCUGGAUGGGGGCCAACGAAUUAUCCAUGCGUGGCUGGGCACGAGAUCAUUGGCCAUAUUAUUCGAGUUGGUCCAGAGGUUGCUAAACUUAAUUCUCCUUCUCGAGAUUUGAGGGUCGGAGAUCGGGUUGGUGUCGGGGCACAGUCAGGUUCAUGUCUUCGUGUUGACUGUGAAGAGUGUUCAUCGGGCCUGGAUAACUACUGCUCGCUCAUGACUGGGACAUACAACGGAAAAUACCUUGAUGGAAGUAAAUCGUAUGGUGGAUAUGCGGACUACUGGAGAGGCCCGGCGUGGUUUGUGUUUAAAAUCCCAGAUAGUCUUCCCAGCGCAGUUGCUGCACCCCUGUUAUGUGGUGGUGCUACGGUCUUUUCGCCAUUACUCCGAGGCGGCGCGGGGCCGGGAAAGCAUGUUGGUAUCAUUGGUAUUGGUGGCCUAGGGCAUAUGGGAUUACUUUUUGCCAAAGCCAUGAAAUGCGACAAAGUAGUUGCUAUAUCCCGGACGAGCUCAAAGAAAUCAGAUGCUCUUGUCGGACUAGGAGCUGACGUUUUCAUUGCUACUGACGAAGAAAAGAACUGGGCCAGGACACACUCGCGGACGCUUGAUUUGAUUAUUUGCACAGUCUCAUCCGGUAAUAUGCCCAUCGAAAAAUAUCUUCGUCUACUUAAACGUGGGGGUGAAUUCAUCCAGGUUGGCGCACCCGAGGAUCCGUUUCCAGGCUUUAGGGUUGGAGUAAUGAUGGGCAAAGGAUUAAAGAUCGGCGCGUCUGCCAUUGGUUCCACUGAGGAGAUCAGGGCUAUGCUUAAGCUCGCAAGUGAGCAAAAUAUUCAUCCCUGGGUGCAAGAGCGGCCGAUGGGGAAUGCGAACCAAGUGUUGGUGGAUAUGCAUGAAGGCAAGGCUAGGUAUCGAUACGUCUUGGUCAAUGGAACUAGAAGCAAGACAAGGCUUUGA